UCCGUGCCGGCCCUGGGGGCGGCCGUCGCGCUCCCUCCCUCCUUCCCGCCGGGCUCCCGCCCCCGGCCGGGAGUGCCGCCCGUCGCAGAGCGGGGAGCGGUAACUUUGCCCUUUCCCAGCCCCGCCAGCGGCUGCGGGAGCGCGGCCGGGCCGGGGGGGAAAGCGUGCGGGCGUGAGGAGACGCUGCUCACUCGGUGCCCUCUGUUUCCCUGUUCGACCUUCGCUCCUCCUCGUGCCGGGACCCUUCAGAACGCCCAUGGAGACCCUCGUCCGCCCCACGGCCGGCAAGCCGCCCAGCGGGAGAAGAAUGAAAGCUCGUGCUCCUCCUCCACCAAACCAACCUUCUGCAGCCAGUAGAACUCACAGUGAGCAGAAGUCACCUGCAGAGACAGCCGUCAUUUCUGAUCAGAACCUUGUGAGCAUGAAGGAGAAUAUGAUAAAUAGAAUGGUGGACUUCAUAGUCAUUUUACCCAGUGGGGUAGAACAGAAGUGCACAGUACAAGGAAGUAAAGCUGUGAUGGAUCUUUUGGUUGAUCUGUGCAGCCGGCAUCACUUGAAUCCAUCCCAGUACAGUCUUGAAUUGAAGUCUUUGGAAACUCAACAACCCUUGAGUUACAAGCCAAACACUUUGAUAGGAGCACUGGACGUACAAACAGUACUCCUGAAAGAGAAGGUUCCUGAAGAGAAGAUAAAGAGACCUCUACCAAGGGGUCCCGAGAAAUCUGUGAGGCUGGUGGUAAAUUACCUGAAGACACAGAAGGCAGUGGUUCGAGUCAGCCCAGACGUGCCUCUUCAUAACAUCAUCCCAGCUAUUUGUGAGAAGUGUGAGGUCAGUCAGGAGCACAUUGUUCUUCUGCGAGACAGCAUCACCGGGGAGGAGCUGGAGCUUACCAAAUCCUUGGAGGAGCUGGGAAUAAGCGAGCUGUAUGCCUGGGACCGAAAAAGAGUUCCUCCAUCAAAAACUCAGUCUGAACCUUCUUUGAACUACAGAGAACCAAGUCGAAGUGUUUCACUAAGCAAUGAUGCAAUAGAAAAAGAAAAGAAAGGAUUUCUGGGAUUUUUCAAAGCUAAUAGAAGCAACAGCAAGACAGAAGAACACUUGAGGAUGAACAGAGAUUAUGGUGAGGAGGAUGUUUUUAGUUCUACAUCUACAAGUGAAGGAAGCUUGGAUGGUUUUUCCACAGCACCAAACUCCCCUUCAGUGAAUUCGCGUUCCAGUACCUUGGGUCCAUCGCUGUCCCUUGGUAAUAUCUCAGGAAUGACAGCAAACCCAGAAGUGAAAAAGCGCAGAGCACCUCCUCCACCAGUUUUGACACCUCCGUUGCAGAAUAUGGAGAUGAGCGGACAGGAGAAGACAACAGUACAGAUUUCACAAGGAGCAUCUCUUAACGAUCUACAGAAAAAGAAGAGGCGUGCACCUCUUCCACCGACUCAGUCUGCUCCACCUACUCCUGCCAUGCCAAAUAGGAGGGAAGAGAUGGAAGACAAGAGGAAGAGCACAAUGGCACCAGAGCAUGAGCAUAAGAGUGCAGUAGCAGUGAGAAUGGAGCAGGCAAGAGGUGAUGGACGGCAGGUGCCACAAAAGCCUCCUAGGGGCCCCACUCGUGACCCACCCCAGUUAGUGAUCCCCCCACCCCCACCUUACCCUCCUCCUGAAAGAGACAAUAUGGAUCCAGCAGUCUCUUACAGAGAAGCAGAUGUUACAGCACCAACAAAACUGGUACCUAAACAGAGCCUGCUGCCUGCACAUGAUAAUUUUUAUGUAGUGGAUGAUACAGUUAUGGAGCUAUCAGAAGUAGAAGAAACAGCAUCAGAAAGCAGCUGCUUUGCAUCUGAGGACACUACUGAAGACUCAGGUGUAGUAAGCUCCCCAUCUGACAUUGUGUCACUGGAUUCACAAAAUGACAGUACGAAGUUGAGAGACAUCAAGCUGGUGAAUGGCUACGUGGACUCAGACGUGAUCUACGGUACAGAGACUUGCUCCGUAAAGAACACGCACUGCGAUAACGUGGGAUAUGCCAGUACUCCACGCAGCAGUAAAAGUGAAGAAAUGGCUGCGGCUAAGCAUGAGAAUGAGGAUGUAUUCAUUGAUGCACAACUCCAGCAGACUUUGGCUGACUUGGAUGAAGAUUUAGAAGCAAUGGAUGCUUUAAGUAACUCUGACUCUGAGCACAUGGGUGAAAUGCUGAACCCACAUACAAGAAAAGUUGAGGUCCUCCACGAUGUUGCUAGUUCUGUUCCAGUAACAGUCAUAGAUGAUGCUCCAGAAGUUACCAUCUAUAACUCAGCUGGAAACCAAGAGACAAGGGGUUCACGGAAUUCAUCCGCUGACUCUGUUAAUAUGGGAAGCUUUACAAAUAGAAACAACAAUGCGGGUUCCUUUGAUAAGGGACAUGCCAAUGGUGAAUCUGCAUGUAUAGCCAAGUACCUAAUACAUCAGCAGCCGUCUGAUAAUGAGUUCAGUCACUUACCUGUGGAACAGAGGAGGGAUAUGUUUGAAUCUCUCACAUCCUCCUUUGAAAAAAGAAGUGAAAAGAAUGUAAAAGUAGAAGCUCCGCCUAGACAUGUUAUGAAGUCUGAGGAGUGUAAAUCAGAGCUGACUUCAUCUUGCUCCAAGACUGCAACUGAAAUCAAUACAGCGAAAGAGAAAGUAAAUCCAUUUAAUGAAUGUAGUAAGAGGGAGAGACCUCUGAAAAAAAGUAAGUCAGAACUAGAAAUCAAACGGCCACCUGCAAAAAAAAUUGAAGUAGAAGAAGUUCCAUCAACACCUCCGUGGUGUCAUCGUGCCCAGAAAUUGGAAGCAAAUUAUGAACCCAAAAUGGGUUUGACGACCUUCAAAGUUGUCCCUCCAAAACCUGAAGUAAAAAAUUUUGAUAGAGGACUUUCGAUUUCCACUGGUGCCAUUAAGAUCGAUGAACUAGGCAACCUUAUCAACCCAAAGCCUGUUGUCAGUAAGAACAUACCAGGUUCCUCUGCUGGUGAAAGUGAGGAAAUUCCUCUUGGGAAAGUGAAGGCAUUCUGGAGGUCAAGUUCUAUGGAAAAACAAAGUGAUGACUCUGCUGAGCAUCUUGCUAAAAAGCCAGCAGUUACCACAAACUCUAAGUCCUUUGUUACAAAGCAAGAAUGCAAACCCGUCUGUCCUGCAGCUUCAAAACCUGUAGCACCACAAACUGUUAUUUCCCAGGUAGGUGAAAAACAGUCUGAGAAUGAGAAGACUAAACCACCUCUUCCAGUUACGCAGUCUCAGGUAAAACCAUUAGUGGUCCCAGCCAUUAAUAAGGACAAGCCAGAGCUUCCAUUUCUAAAGCCUCACAGGAGAACUUCCAGUCAGUAUGUGGCCUCUGCCAUUGCAAAACACAUCAACCUACCUACCUUUAAGUCUGAUUCUACAGAUUUUCUUGAGAAAGAUGAAAAUAAGCAUGGGGCAGGAGAGGUUAAAACUGAAGCUGAUGUUUCCCCCAAAAGGUGUAUUAUUGUGGCCAAAUAUAGCCCUGUGGAAACAGAAUCAGCAGAAACAAGAGAAAAAAUUUCAAGUAUUUUUACUUGUAGUCAAAAAGCAUCCCACAGAUUCACACCUGGUGAUAAUUCUGGCAUGGAAAACAAAGUAGUGAACAUCAGGGCACCGAGUCAAGCAACUCCUGCUAGUUUCUAUAAAAAGAAUGCCAGUGUCCCACUUAGUAAAUCCUCUUCAAAGGAUAACAACAAAGCAGAAGAUGAUCACAGUUUAAACAGCAAACAAGGUACAGCAGAGAAAAAGAUGCAUCUUUUGUUUGAACAGAAAAGCGAGACUUUGCCCCGUAGUAAUUCAGCCUCCUCUCUCAAGUCACCUGAUCUCCAAGGAGCCUCACCCUCUUUCAGCUCAUCUUUGCGUAUUGCUAAAUGGCCUCCUGCUGACAGCAUGCAAGUUAGUUCCCUGAAAGCAUCGCCCGAGUUCAAUGGUGUGACAGCAAAGGCAGAAUCAGAACAGAACGACAGAUCUGAUGAUUCAGCUGUUAAUGCUAUCGGUGAAUUGGAUGUUAAUGUGCAGACUAAUAUCUUCGGACCAAAGAAGAAGUUCAAACCUGUUGUCCAAAAACCGAUUCCAAAAGAUACAUCGCUGCACAGUGCCCUAAUGGAAGCUAUUCAAACAGGAGGGGGAAAAGAGAAACUCAGAAAGGUUUCAGACAGCGCGCUAAAUGGCAAUCACAAGAAACCCUCGUACAGUGAGCCAGAGAAUGAGCGGUCAGCCCUACUAGCAGCAAUUAGAGGUCACAGUGGCACUUCCAAGCUGAAAAAAAUCUCCUCAUUGGCCUCUGAAGAGCUCCAGAGUUUUAGGAAUGCGGAACUGUCUUUACAGAAAGCAGAAGACCCUCAGGAAGAACAGCUCUGUAUUCCACCUGCCCCUGCCCAGCCACCGCCACCACCCCCCCCUCAGCUGUCAACAGCGACUUUUAAAUUCUCUGCCACAACUACAGGUGACCCUGGAGAGGCGAGGCGAGCCCUGAUGGAGGCCAUUCGCUCUGGUGCUGGAGCAGCAAAGUUAAAAAAGGUCCCUCUGCUCGUUUGAAUCAUGUAUAAAGAACAAGUAAUUCGAAAAUCUAACCCCAUAAGCACCUAUAAUCAUCAUUCAGGAUCUGAAGGGCAAAAAACAUCAAGACAUUUAGUUUAUUCUUUUGUCUACACGCCAAAAUAAGUUGUAGUUAAUUUUCUUUGUGUUCCUGCAUAAUGGUUCUAAGGGGAAAAUAUGUUGCUCUGCUGUAAAGCUUCUGUGCCAAGGAAUUGUGUUUUGCCUCUGAAUAUUUAAGGUUGCCAAUAAACUAUUCUUGUUGGCAGGUUAAUAAGAAUAUAAACACUGUGCGGUCCUGUGUUCAUACUUAAUUGUGUUUAUGGGCAAAAUGAAAAGACUUUGCUAGCUAUCUGAAAAGUAAUAUUCAUUUCCAGUUCUUAAGAAUAUGUAACUGUUUCAAACCAUUUACUUCUUAUUUGAUUUAGAAAGGGCAGUAAAUGAUCAGGGGGAAAAAGGAGAAUAAAGAUCUGUAGAAAAUAAUCACAAGGAAGAGGUUGUAGUACAUUAUGAGGAACGUCAACUGUCAUACGUGGAGUCACUGUUGUCUUUUUAAGGUUAAGUGAAUGUUAUAUCUGUGGUGGAGCUCUGAGAAAGCAGUCAAUCAAGAGUGAAUGUGAGACUGUGUCUACUGAAGAGUGACUUAUGGGGUAUGACGUAUCAAAUACCUGUAUGUGUAGAUAUACCGAGCCCUAGUCAUGUUCACGGCACUUUAAGAACUGAGACACCUUAAAGAAUCUCUAUUUGCAGCAGACUGUGAGAGUUAUAAAUAAGACUUCAGAGUGCUCCAUAGAGGUUCAGGAUUUAGAAUUUAUUCCCACACUGCAAAAGGAAGUGAAGCUGGUUUGCAUUAGAAACCAGGACUUUGUCUCUUGGUCAAGUUGUGGGUACUUUCGCCAUUUGCUUCCAGAUUGUAUGGUUGUUGUAUGUUGUCUCAUGAAUAUUUAUAAGCAGCAUCUUUCUUAAAUGUUAACUACUUUGGUAGUUGCUGUUGUACAUAUUUUGACAAUCUUUCAUUGAAUUGAAAUGAUUAACUUAUAAAGGAGAGAUCAGAAAUGCUUUUUCGUAUUUCCCGUAUUGUAAUGAAACUGAGGAAGACAAAGUUUGUACAUUUACACUUUUAUAAUCACAGAUCAGAGUGUUGGUAGAUUUUGGGGUUUUUUUGAGGCUCAAAUUUAAAAUGUAUAGCUGUGUAAUGUUGAAAGCAAGAGAAUAUUUAGCCAUCUGCAUUUAAUAUGACUGUAUAUUAUAUAUUGUAAAAUAUUGAUGUCUGUUAGUGCCACAAAUAAAAAUAAAAUGAAAACAUGGCUUGAAAGAC